CCCUUCAUCAGAGGCAUAUUGACCAUAAACCCUCUAUCUACCCCCCAGUAUCAUUUCAAAAUUUCAAACCCACCUCAUCAUCUUCUGGCCUAACAGUAUUUUAAUCUCUUGCUUAAAAUAGUGUUCAGCUUCUGUCAUCAUGUCAUUCUCUUUUGGCCUUUUGGGAAUAACAGUUAACGCUAGAUUCAUAAAUGUAUUAGACUAUUAGUAUUAUAAUGGUUUUUAAUUUCUUAGUAAAGUAUUCCUUCUCUUCAUUUAAUUUGUUAAUAUGGUCGAUUAAAAGCUGUUGAACUUUUUGAUUUGUUAGAAAAUGUUCUUGGUAUUAAGGGAUGGGUAGUUUAGAAACAAAGCGCAUGUGCACAGCCAACCUGUUCGGUCAAAUGCCUGAUAGAAGAAAAUGCGAGAAAGAGAAGAAAAAUCAAAGCUUUGAUUAUUGACAGAUGCAGAAACGUUACAAGUUGCAUGGAAUCAGGCUAUUCACACUCCGCACGACUAAUUUAUGACAAUUGGGAUUGUUGUUGUGAAUUGAAUGCCAAAUCUUAGAAUUUAUAGUCCUCAAUAAUUCUCCCCGUUUGGGCUGCCUUCCAUUUAGUUUAGUGGGAAGGCAGAGAUAUUUUGGGAUCUGGGUUUGUUUGAUAGCAUUUCUUGGUUUUAAUCCCCGAGAAAUCAAGCUUUGACUUGUAUUGAGAGACUCAGCAUCUUGCCUCUCUUUACUUGAGUUACUUCCUUGCUCUCUUUAAAACUUCUUCCAAAACCAGUUACUUUUGUGGGUUCUGUUUGAAUUUUUUUUUUGGCUUCUUGAUUGAUUGAUUGAUUGAUUCAUUAAUGGACCGUUAUCUACUCAUUGUCAUUUGCCUUUUGUCUCUUCCACUCUAUCCCUGCAUAUCAUCUUCUCUCGGAGAUCAAGCCAGAGACAGAAUCACUAGUUUACCAGGGCAGCCAAAGAAUGUUGACUUUGCUCAGUACUCUGGGUAUGUAACUGUGAAUGAGCAGGCGGGGAGGGCAUUAUUUUACUGGUUGAUUGAGUCCCCAGCAAGUAGAGGAGCAGCAUCAAGACCACUUGUAUUGUGGCUCAAUGGAGGCCCUGGUUGCUCCUCUGUUGCUUAUGGUUCUGCAGAAGAGAUCGGACCUUUUCGCAUUAGGCCUGAUGGGAAGACACUUGAUUUAAAUCCCUACUCUUGGAACAAAUUGGCAAAUUUGCUAUUUCUCGAAUCUCCAGUUGGUGUUGGUUUUUCAUAUACAAAUACUACAUCAGAGUUGUACACCAUGGGUGACCAGAAAACAGCUGAAGAUGCUUAUACAUUUCUGGCAAAAUGGUUAGAAAGAUUUCCACAGUACAAGCAUAGAGAAUUCUAUAUUGCCGGAGAAAGUUAUGCAGGUCACUAUGUUCCACAGUUAUCUCAGAUAAUUUAUGAAAGGAACAAGGGGGUUCAGAAUCCAAUUAUUAAUUUUAAGGGAUUUAUGGUUGGAAAUGCUGUGACCGAUGAUUACCAUGAUUAUGUUGGCACAUUUGAGUACUGGUGGACCCAUGGUUUAAUAUCGGAUUCCACGUACAAAAGUCUUCGAGUCUCCUGUGACUUUGGAUCCUCUCAGCAUCCAUCAACAGAAUGCAAUAGGUUCCUGGAUAUUGCAGAAACGGAGCAGGGGAACAUUGAUCCAUAUAGCAUUUACACUACUCCUUGCAAUAAUACUGCAUCUCUAAGGCGCAACCUAAGGGGUCAUUAUCCAUGGAUGUCCAGAGCAUAUGAUCCCUGCACUGAAAGGUACUCUGAGGUGUACUUCAAUCGCCCAGAUGUUCAGAAGGCACUCCACGCAAAUGUAACUGGGAUUUCUUAUUUGUGGAAAACAUGCGGCGAUAUUGUCGGAAAUUACUGGGCAGAUUCUCCACUUUCUAUGCUUCCUAUAUAUCAAGAACUUAUUGCUGCUGGCUUCAAGAUAUGGGUUUUCAGUGGAGAUACUGAUGCAGUAGUUCCAGUGACUGCAACUCGUUACUCUAUUGAUGCGCUGAAGUUGCCAACAGUGACCAACUGGUACCCGUGGUAUGACAAUGGCAAGGUCGGUGGGUGGAGCCAAAUAUACAAAGGGCUCACCUUUGUGACAGUAACUGGAGCAGGACAUGAGGUUCCACUCCAUCGCCCUCGACAAGCUUUCAUUCUUUUCAGAUCGUUUUUGGAGAACAAGCCCAUGCCCACCGAGCUAAAUUCCAUUUGAACAAGCUCAUGCCAAGCUAAGUUUCAUCUGCUUCUAUUCACCCGUCUCAGUGAAUAAAAUUAUAGAAUUGCUCAUAUACAGAGGACAAGGAAGAAGAUAAAAGAGAAGCAUUCUGCUCAAGUGCACUCUCCAUUCCUUCAGAUGUCUAUGAAUUCAAAAGUUGCAUAAAAGUAUUGAUGACAAUAUAUAUAUAUAUAAUAAAU